AUGGCCUCCACAUACAGCACUGCUUUUGGACGUGCUUCCCAACUAUACAAUCUAGGGACCCACAGAGAAACGGGGCCUGCCACCGAGGGGAGCAACUUUGAGUACCGGGUCUGGCGUCCAUCCCGGCGCCUGACACCAAAUUCUUUGAUUUCCCAGCCUGGCUGUAAACGCUUUUCCUCCAGAACAUUCCCCACUCUAAGCAAAACACGGCGAGUGGGUAGUCGCGUUCAGGCCACCAUUGCAGCAUCGGCAGCUCUCUUAGAGCGGGUGGACGCUCAGUCAGGCAACCCUGCAACGCCGACCUUUGCAGAGCAGGCUCGGACGCUGGUUGAGAUUUCAGACGAGGGAACUCUUGGGACGGUGGGGGAGGAUGGGUGGCCGAUUGGGACGCACGUGCGGUUUGCUCUUCCAGAGGACGGCAACCCUGUGCUGCUACUGCACUUGAGGGCUAUUCACACUGGCCAUGUGGAGGCGGACGCCCGCUGUACUCUUCAUGUCCAGGUUCUUCUGCCAGGAGGGCAUAAGCCGCAAGUCACCCUGAAAGGCCACAUCCGGCGCCCCCCAGAGGGAGACGUGAAGGCCCUCACGGCGAUGAGGACUGCCUGGGAGCGGAAGUACGGCGAGGAAAGCGACGAAGCUCAGAUAUACCGGCUGGACGUGGAAAAGGUGCUUUAUGCCCCAGAUAUCGGAGUGGAAGAGCUGUGGGUGCCCGGUCAGGACUACUUGGCAGCAACGGCGGACCCCCUGCGAGACUGCGCGCCGGCCAUUGUGGAGGACAUGAACCAGCUCAUGUUUGAGGACAUCCAGCGCUUCCCCCGCGUGCUGGCCGGCGCUGACAAGGACAUUGACGUGGCGCGGAUAACCUGGGUGGACCGCCUCGGGUUCAACCUGCAGGUCCUGUACCACGAGCCCAAACAACUGGAGGAGUUGCGCGUUGCCUUCCCCCGCGAGGUCGUCGACGAACGGGACGCCCGGUCCAGCCUGACCAUGCUGGCCCAGCUGAGCGAUGAACGUCAAAGAGUUUAUCCAAGCUUGGGAAAAGGAGAAACCGUACGUGCCUCCGGAGAUAAUACGCGUGGAUCCUGGUUUAUCGCAAACAUAGAAGGUCGAGUGUUGGAUUCACACAUUCGUCCACCGAGUUUGUAUGGCGGGCCAAUCAGACUGGCCUCGCCGUUGCAAAGGUCCAUACAUUCAAUUAGCCCGAGCUUGAGCAUCGACUCGAGAGACAAGGUCGAGACUCAGUCGCGAGAGGCAGUGCUGGAGCUCACGAGUCAUGGGAGGCAGUGCUGGAGCUCAUGA